GACAACACAUCAUCUUUGUCGUGGCGAGAUAAACACUCGGUAGCAAAUUUGUAGCCGCCAGUGCAAUAACCAAAUCGAGUCAUUGGUGUGUGUUUGUGUCGCAGGUGUAUGGACCAACAGCUGGUGUACUAUUUAAUUUUUCCUUUCGUGAAUGUUUUUCCCUCCGUCGUCUAUCCGAGUGGGAUUUAAUCCUGUCGUUUCUUAUUACUCAUGUUCAGGGAUAGCUAGUGAACAGGGAUAUUACAUAAUGUGGUAAGCCGUUGGUGUAAAUGCCAGUGAGCAGACCUUUCGGUUUUUAAAAUUACACUUUUUUAAAAAAAAAAAAAUCUUUUACAGCUGUUACAAACGCUGUGGUGUAAAGGUGUUUUACAAUGGGCAUAAACAAAACUUACAUUAGCAUAGCAUACGCUACCUUUGGUAUGCUAGUCGGAUUUUCGGCUUUCUUGGUCUGGAAUAUUGCAUAUAAACAACCAUGGACGGCGGCUAUGGGGGGCUUAUCAGGAGUGCUGGCGCUCUGGGCCCUGGUCACACACAUCAUGUACCUGCAGGACUACUGGCGCACCUGGCUCAAAGGCCUCAGGUUCUUCAUAGCUGUUGGAGUGCUCUUUUGUCUUUUGGCUGUGGCUGCCUUCAUCACCUUCCUCACUCUGGCCAUAACACAGAAGCAAUCUCCGACUGACCCAAGGAGCCUCUACCUGUCCUGUGUGUGGAGCUUCCUCACUCUCAAAUGGGCCUUCCUCUUGGCCCUGUACUCAUACAGAUACCGCCAGGAGUUCGCAGACAUCAGCAUCCUCAGCGACUUCUGAGUCAGCGCUCAUUUUAUAGACUGAGAUGGACUUGGAGGGGUUCGGGCUGCCAGCAGGAGCUGGUCAAAGAGCUUUUAUAACAAAGAGGAGGAGAAGCAGCCAGAAAGAUUACAAAGUCAUGUGACUUUUUCAUCAUGGAGUUAAACUUGUUGCACUCGCUUAACAAGCCCUGCAUUUGUUUUGUAAGCUGUUCUCACACAUUUAAUAAUGCACCAUUAUAUUCCUGGCAGUAGUCACAACUAUAAACUCCUGAUUGGGAACUGCUUUGCUGAAAUUACUAGAGGUUAGGUUUUUAAUGAAAUAUUUCCUCAUGGAUAUUUGUGAGGUGACAGUGGUUGGGAGAUGAAUUUUACCUUUGGAAUCCCUCAGUGCUGAUCAUAAUCUCAAACUUUUUUAACAUUUAAAAGGAAGGCCCAUUAAAAAUGUUAUUGCUUUCAUCUGGGAUAGUUUAGUUAAAUUUUGUUCAUUUAAAACCACUCAAAGGUAAAAUGUAUAUAACCAAAACUAAAAUGUGUCACAGGGCAACAUGUUGUUAUUACUGGGUUGACAGUGUUUGAGUUUUUUUUAUAUAUAUACCCAGAAGAGCUUUUUUUCACAGUAGCAGUUCUGAUCCACAGAAUGUGCCCAAUCUAUACCUCGAAACAGUCACUGUCUACACAGUCCGACUUUCAGCUCCUUUCAUUGUCAGUGAAGCAACCCUAGAAAAUCUUUUAAAUGAAAUCACUGGUUAAAAUACUGUUACAAAUACAUCUUUUUAGGACAGACUGUUUCAUGUACUCAUAUCCUGAAUAUAGCAAAAACCAUAGAGAAGAGAGGAAAUGUGCUAUUAAGGAGAAAUCAUGCUUUAUUUCCCAAGCUUUCUUCUCAGAGGGACUGAUGUGUUGAAUUGUCAAACAUCCCUGUAGAAAAGGCUGGCAUGUCAAUGUUUGGCUAUUCAUCUUUUGCUCCACCAGGGGGAGACUUGCUUUUUCUUUUGAGUCCCACUAAAAUGUCACAUUCCUCUUUAGAGAAAACAAAGAUGAAUUUGAUAAAUAAUUGCACUUUAGAUUUUGAUAUUGCUGCCAUGGAUUUGCACUCUUUGCUGCCGUUUUUGUUUCACAAAUCCCAAAUGUGGAAGUCCUCAUACAAUGAAACACAAUUAUGUGUACCAUAUCAUCAUGUUUUACUUUUUUUGAUGAACACUUUUUUGUUUCAUUCAUUUUACAGAUGUUGGUAGUGUUCUCUUGUGAAUCAAGUAAGACUAGUCUUUUGUCAUGUUUAGCUUCAGCCUAUGUCAACUUAUGUCUACCUUUUAUCGUAAUGUAAAAGUGUUUUAUUAAUAAGAGAAUAAACGUCAGGAUAUUAUGAAGAGAUUGAAACCCAUUAAACUUGCAUAUGUGGUUAAUUUUA